AUGCACUGUAAAAUCUUGACUAUAAAUCUUGCUGUACUCAUCGUCGUGUGCAAUGGUCGAUUUGUCGAAGAAACCAAGUCACAUGAUCUUCUUGAGACUAUCAAACAUGACAGUCUUGCCAUUAGUAAAAAGUCGGUGAAUAUCGCGCGUGACCGUGCUUUAGAAAUUCUUCGUGAUUAUUACCUUUCUGCUGAUCAUGGUAAUGAACUUGAUAGAUACAUCCAAGCUCGUCGUUCUCUCACUGACAUUUUCGACGAUCUUGUUUCGAACAAACCGAAACGUAUUGCUGAUGACAUUAGAGAAUUCCUACGAGAUUUCGACGAACGGAAAGAAAUGGAGUUUGACAGAGAAGAUCGUGUCGGUCAAACAAAAAUCCGUUCGUUAUAA